AUGCGCACAUCCACAUCACGGUCGUGCUGCAUCUUAUCCAGAACUUGUACAGAUUCGGUUGUCGUUCCUAACAAUUUCUGCAAUCUAUCUCUGUUACAGAGUCAUGGCCCAAAGGUUCAGGAGGAUGACAGCCUGCAGCUGCAGGUGCCACUCCUGAAGCAUAAGAAGCGGGGCGGCAACAAGGCACCAGCAGUGAUUCUAUUGUUCGAAUGCCUGGAGAGCACGGCGUUCAAUGGCAUCUCCACCAACCUGGUGGUGUACCUGGAGACCGUCCUCCACGGCACCAACCUCGCCAGCGCCUCCAACGUCGCCACCUGGUUCGGCACCAGCUACCUCACCCCGGUCUUCGGUGCCAUCAUCGCCGACUCCUUCUGGGGCAACUACAACACCAUCCUCGUCUCCCUCGCCGUCUACCUCCUCGGCAUGAUGCUCGUCACCUUCUCCGCCUUCCUGCCCACGACCACGGCGGCGCUGUGCGCGGCGGGUGCAUCGUGCGCCGGCACCGCCAGCACGUGGGGGCUGAGCUCGCAGACCGUGGCUUUUGUUGGGCUGUACCUGGUGGCGAUCGGGUGCGGCGGGGUGCGCUCGUCGCUGUUGCCGUUCGGAGCGGAGCAGUUCGACGACGACAGCGCGGCGGACCGGGAGGGCAAGACGUCCUUCUUCAGCUGGUUCUACCUAUGCGUGAGCUUCGGCCCCAUCAUCUCCGGCGUGUUCCUCGUCUGGAUCCAGCAGAACGUUAGCUGGGGCCUCGGCUUCGGCAUCGCCACUGCCUGCAUCGCGCUCGCCUUCGCCGCCUUCGUGCUCGCCACGCCCAUGUACAAGCGCCGCAUGCCCGCAGGCACGCCGCUCAAGAGCCUCUGCCAGGUCGUUGCCGCCGCGUGCAAGAAAAUCAGCAUCAAGGUGCCCGCGGAAGCCGGACACCUCUACGAGGUCAGCGACAAGAUCGAUUCGCCCCAGCCAAGGAUCGCGCACACCAGCGACUUCAAGUUCCUCGACAAGGCGGCCAUCGUCACGGAGUCGGACAUGGAGGAGAGGCCGGAGGCGGCGACCUCGUGGAAGCUCUGCACCGUGACUCAGGUGGAGGAGCUCAAGAUCCUUCUGCGGCUGCUGCCCGUCUGGAUCACCAGCGUCAUCGUGUCAUCGGCCUACUCGCAGAUGAACACCACGUUCGUGCAGCAGGGCAGUGCCAUGGAAAUGACCAUCCUGUCGGUGCCGGUGCCCGUGGCGUCGCUGGUCUCGUUCGAGGUGACAUGCGUCCUGACAUGGGUGCUCCUCUACAACAAGGUGAUCGUGCCAGCGGUUAGGAGCUUCUCCUCGAGCGGCGACGGCGAGCCGUCACAGCUGCAGCGGAUGGGCGCGGGGAGGCUCCUCAUGGCGCUCACCAUGGCGGUGGCGGCGCUCGUGGAAAUGAAGCGGCUCGACAGCGCGGCGCGCGGGGAGGAGAUCAGCAUCGCGUGGCAGCUGCCGCAGUACUUCUUCCUGGCCGGCGGAGAGGUGUUCUGCUACAUCGCGCAGCUGGAGUUCUUCUUCGGCGAGGCGCCGGACACCAUGAAAAGCAUGUGUACGUCGCUCGCUCUGCUCACCAUCGCGCUGGGGAGCUACAUGAGCUCCUUCAUCUACGCCAUCGUGGAGGCCUUCACGGCGACGGGAGACAGCCCCGGGUGGAUCUCCGACGACCUCAACAAGGGCCACCUCGACUACUUCUUCUGGGCCAUGGCUGCAAUGUGCACGCUCAACUUCGUCGUGUACAGCGGCAUCGUCAAGAACUACAGGCUCAAGACAGUCAUCUCGUGA